CCCCUCCACCCCACAAGCGAUUUGCAAGAAAAGAUGCCAGUGACGCCUCGCCUUCCUGCUCAUCUCGCUUGCCUCGCCUGAAGCGUGAUGUAGCUCCCCAGCCGAUGCCCUCGUCUCCGCCGAAAGACCAGCUCGGCGUUUCCCUGGGAUCGUGGCCAAGGAAGCAUGGAGGAGACGGAGAACAGAUGAAGAGUUCCUGCCCAGAAGUGUGAAUACCCUGGAAGCUUUCAUCACCCUGUUCCGGCCUUAUAGAGACAAGCAAUGCCUGUGGGAAUGAAUAAGAAUGGAUCUCGCUCUACUACCUCUUUGCCUCCAGAUCCGAUGGAGAUUGUCAGGAGCAAGGCCUGCUCCAGGAGGGUCAAGCUUAACGUGGGUGGCUUGGCCCAUGAGGUUUUAUGGAGGACCUUGGACCGGUUGCCGCGGACUAGGUUGGGUAAGCUCCGAGACUGCAACACCCACGAAACCCUGAUGGAAAUAUGUGAUGACUACAACUUGGAGGAGAACGAGUAUUUCUUCGAUAGGCACCCAGGGGCAUUUACGUCUAUCUUGAACUUCUACCGCACGGGCAAGCUGCACAUGAUGGAGGAAAUGUGCGCCUUGUCCUUCAGCCAAGAACUGGACUAUUGGGGUAUCGAUGAGAUCUAUCUGGAGUCCUGUUGCCAGGCAAGGUACCACCAGAAAAAGGAGCAGAUGAAUGAGGAGCUCAAGAGAGAAGCCGAGACGAUGCGGGACAGGGAAGGAGAGGAGUUUGACAACACCUGCUGUGCCGAGAAGAGGAAAAAGCUCUGGGACCUUCUGGAGAAGCCCAAUUCUUCUGUAGCGGCCAAGAUUUUGGCUAUCAUUUCCAUCAUGUUCAUCGUCCUCUCUACGAUUGCUUUGUCACUCAACACUCUCCCUGAGCUCCAAGGCAUUGACGAAUACAGAAAUGCCACAGAUAACCCCCAAUUAGCCCAUGUGGAGGCAGUGUGUAUUGCAUGGUUUACCAUGGAAUACCUCUUACGGUUCCUCUCCUCUCCUAAGAAAUGGAAGUUUUUCAAAGGUCCACUGAAUGCUAUUGACUUGUUAGCCAUCUUGCCCUAUUACGUCACCAUCUUCCUCACAGAAUCAAACAAAAGUGUACUUCAGUUUCAGAAUGUGAGGAGGGUGGUUCAGAUAUUUCGGAUCAUGAGGAUACUCCGAAUUCUAAAGCUAGCCAGGCAUUCCACUGGUUUGCAAUCCCUGGGAUUUACACUAAGGAGAAGCUACAAUGAGCUUGGAUUGCUCAUUUUGUUCCUGGCCAUGGGCAUUAUGAUCUUCUCGAGCUUAGUGUUCUUUGCAGAAAAAGAUGAGGAAGAUACUAAAUUCAAGAGCAUCCCAGCAUCCUUCUGGUGGGCAACGAUAACUAUGACAACUGUUGGCUAUGGGGACAUCUACCCUAAAACACUCUUAGGUAAGAUCGUUGGUGGGUUGUGCUGCAUUGCUGGCGUUUUAGUGAUCGCCCUCCCUAUUCCCAUCAUUGUAAAUAACUUCUCAGAGUUCUACAAGGAACAGAAGAGGCAGGAAAAAGCCAUCAAGCGGAGAGAAGCGCUUGAAAGAGCCAAAAGAAAUGGGAGCAUCGUGUCCAUGAAUAUGAAAGAUGCUUUUGCCCGCAGUAUAGAAUUGAUGGACAUAGUUGUUGAAAAGAAGGGAGAAAAUGCAGGCAAAAAGGAUAAAGUUCAGGAUAAUCAUUUAUCCCCAAACAAGUGGAAAUGGGCCAAGAGAUCGCUCUCUGAAACUAGCUCUAACAAAUCUUUGGAGACAAAGGAACAAGGGUCACCAGAAAAGGCUCGGUCUUCUUCCAGCCCUCAGCAUCUGAAUGUCCAGCAGUUGGAAGACAUGUACAACAAAAUGGCGAAAGCUCAGUCCCAGCCAAACCUCAACAUGAAGGAGUCAGGUCAACCCAGCAAACAAAAAGAAGAGCUAGAAAUGGAGGCCAUUCCAGGUCCAAUGGUCCCUUUGCUGACCACUCGGGCAGAUGGAAUAAUUGACAUGAGGAGCAUGUCAAGCAUUGACAGUUAUAUAAGCUGUGCUACAGAGUUUCCUGAGUCCGGGAGAUACUCCCAUAGCCCGCUUACUACACUGCCUAGCAAAGGUGGAAAAAAUCCACUUCAGGAUCCAUAUAAGCCAGAGGGAAGUGGAGCCAAAUUCAUGGAGAUAAAACCAAAUCUCGAAAGCGGCCAUUGCUCUACUUUUUUCAUAGAGAGCCCCAAGAGUACCAUAAAAGUCACGAAUCCUCUGAAAUUACGAUCUCUGAAGGUUAACUUUAUGGAAGAGGAUGCCAUACGAUCGGCAGCAUCGAAUGUCCUGAGAAUAUAUUCGGAUCCCCUCAAAAACAGGGGAACUACAGGUGUCGCUACUGAUAGCUCUGGACACUCUGAUCGAUCUUUAAUGAGUCCAGAAACCUCCAUCUACACUACUGCAAGUGCUAGAACUCCCACAAAGUCACCGGAGAAGCAGGCAGCAAUAGUUUUUAACUUCCAUGAUGCUGGAAUACAUAAAUAUAUUGAUGCUGACACUGAUGACGAAGGUCAGCUGCUCUAUGACUCAAGCCCUCCGAAAGCCCCACCUGGAAACACAAGUCCCAAAUACAGCAUUUCACACAGUGGCUAUUUAAGGCAAAGAGAUAGUGUUUAUAGAACAGAGAAGAACCACUUAGAGACUGCUGCUAUACCGUCCUCACCCAAGCUUAUAGGGCAAAAUUGCCUUUAUUCUAUGGAAAGUAUUACUGGAAGAAACCGAGGUAACCAGGAAACUAUCAAAUUAGACAAUCACAUUUCACCUGAAGUUCACAUAUUGCCAGGUGGGGGAGGACAUGGUAACACACACGGUCAAAAUAUCUGACAUGCGCCCCAGGACUUUUGUGGAAAGCUGAAAAGGAAUGCCUUUACACUCAACACACAAAGAAGAGCUUCUGCAUGGCAUGAACUUUUGACUGAAACAAGCCACCUGUUUUGUAAAAGCCAAGAGGAUGCCCUUAAGAUGGGCGUAGGGAUAAGACCUCCUCUGGAUGCACUACAAAGUUGUUGCCCCAAUUUUGCUACGAUCCUCAAGUAAAAAGAAAAUUGUGCAGCUUGAUCAUAAUUUGAUCUCCUCUCAACUUCCUUUUAUUGAAGUCAGUGUGACCAAAUAUUCCAUUCACUCCCCAUUUUCAAUGAACCUCUUUUACAUCAAUGCCAGUAUCUGAUUUGCAUUACCCCCUUAAAGGAGGCCAGCGCAACCCCAAUCAAAUACUGGAACAAAUUGGUAAAUAUGAUACAGUGAUCAGAAAUGCGGCACUUUUUGUUUAGAGGCAACUGUUCCAAACAUCCCCAUCUAUGCCUUUUUCUCCGGUGGAUACAAGGUCUAAAGGUAACAGGGUGGGCUUGGGUAGGUUUAUGGUUACGUUGCAAAUUCAGUGAACUGAGAAAUAAACUUUUUUGAUUCUCUGUGUGUGCUUAAUACUUCAAGAUUCAUUGGGACCUGAAGUUUUAUUUUUAAAAUAGCAGGGUGAGUUGCACCACUUGUAACUAAAUCCAAAACACCUCUUCAAAAUUAUAUUGUAAAACUGUAUGUACUACUCUGCUAAAAGUAACACCAAAUCUGAGAUCAGGAAAGCAAUUAGGAAGGUAGUCUUUAACCCUAGUUAAAGACAAUGUGUGAAAGAGGCAUUUUUAUGUUCUUACACAUGAGACAGUUGCAUCAGUAUUCUUGGAAGUGAAUAAACAAGCAGGAUCGCAUCCUUUUGUAUGUGCGGGGAGGGUAUCCUUAGUAGGGUACACCCCCACCCCAAAAAACAAUAGUUACAUGAACUAAAGAAAAGUGCAGCCAUUUAUCAUUCUGCAAAAACCAAAACAAAAUGGCAGCAUUAAGCUGAGAUGCCAUACUGGCUUUGGGUUGCAUCCAGAAAUGGGACCCUCUAGGGGAGAUUUGGAGGGGUGCAGGGCUUCUGGGAGGGAGGAGAGGAUGCAGGAAGUCCCAUUCCACAAGCAUAGCUUCCAUGUGCAGUAUCCCAUUUCUGGAUCCAGUUUACUGUGAACAAUUCCAGCACAAAAAUGUUUAACGUAAUAGUAUGAAUAGGCAUUCAAUGCCUGCUCCCUGAAUUACUUGCACACACUUUCAGGGCUUUCAGCCAGCCUGUCCACCAAGCUAGAAGAAUCUUUCUAGCCCAUUUUUCACUUAAGUAGUGUAAAAUGAAAAGAUAUGCAACUUUUAAAUA